CGUCUUGAUACUCUAGAAGUUAUUACAAUUAAAUAUGGCUGAAUUGUAAUUUUCAAAGCCUUACCGAUUUGUGUUAAUAUAACAAUCACGUGUAAUGUUGGUUUUAUUAAACGUGGUCUUGGUAUUUUGGUUUAAAUAUUAGUUUUAUUGAGGUAGUCUUUUAGAUUUGGUCUUAACAUUAAACACAAUGGCAGUGCUUGCUGCGGCACAAUUGUUAGAUGAAUUAAUGGGGAGACAUCGUAAUACAAAUCCAAAUGAAAAGAUUAAAAAACCAAAUUGGGAAGAUCCAGAAUAUUGUAAAUACUAUAUGGUAAAAUUCUGCCCUCAUGAUUUAUUUGUAAACACAAGAGCCGAUCUUGGGGUUUGUCCAAAAGUCCAUGACGAUGAGGUAAAGGAUCUUUUCGAACGAGCAGAAUCUUCAUAUAAGAAAGCUCAAUAUGUUGAAGAGUUCUUAAGAUUUUGCCGUCACAUGAUUAGCGAUGUAGAAAGAAAAAUACAAAAAGGUAAACAAAGACUGGAGUUGAUGAAUUCAAAACCUGAAGGUCCUCCCAUGACACAGGCUCAGACCGAGAAGAAUCAGGAACAGGUUCAGCUGCUAUCUGAAAAGAUAACUGCUUUAUUGAGAGAAGCCGAGGAAGCUGGGUCCUGUGGUAAUGUAGAACAGGCACAAGGCCUCAUGAAGUUGUGUGAUCGACUGAAAGAUGAAAAGGAACAACUUUUGAAACAACAGGAGAAUAGCCACUGGUCAAUGACAGCGGAAUUGGCAGCAGCUCAAGAGAAGCAAAUGGAAGUGUGUCCUGUAUGUGGAGCAUUUUUAAUUGUUGGUGACGCACAGCAGAGGAUUGAUGAUCACCUCUCCGGGAAACAACAUGUUGGAUACUAUAAAUUACGUCAAGCUUACGAAGAGAUGAAUGAAGCUCGUGAAAAGGAACAACAGGAGAAGGAAAGACGGCGGCGAGAGGAAAGAGAAAGAGAACGCAGCAUACGGGGCGGUGGACUCGGGUCAGAUAGACGGGACAGAGAGAGGAUGGAGAGGGACCGAGAGCGAGAUAGCCACAAGGAUAGGGAACGGGAUAGGGGAGAUAAAGAAAGAGAUAGAGAACGUCAUCGGUCCAAUCGUGAAGAACGAAAUAAUCGUCACGAGGAUCGUGAUCGCGAACGAGAUCGUGACAGGGACCGUGAGCGUGAUCGCGGUGACAAGGAACGGGAACGGGACCGUGACAAGGAAAGGGACAAGGAACGGGAACGGGACCGAGAGCGUAAACACCGCCGAGAGAGAAGAUCGUCUCACGAUCGCCCAAGACGUCGAUCCCGUGAACGUCACUGACCCCGAUUGACUGAGGUAUCACAUAAGCGCCUUGUAACGGUAAGCAUAACAAAAUGUCGCAAUACUACGAUCCCGCAAAACUUAACUCCAGAAACGUUGAACACUCACAUCCUAACGGCAUUUCCUUAUCCGUAAAGCAAUCAUCCCCAAAAAAUUUGAUACAUUAUUGAGUAAUAAAUUGAACACUGUUAUUUUACAGCUUUAGUAACAUACCAAAAUAAAACUUCGGUUUAUGGCAAACAUAUGGGGAGUAUUGCCCUGUUGCGAUCUCGAUUCGAUAGUUGUCGUCACACCGACGGACUUGGCAGGUAUUUAACACGUAUUAUGAAUAGCUGCUGCCUGCUGCGGGGACUUUUUGGCCAAUCGCGAUCUCUCAUAUCAUGACAUGUGUGAUGUGAAUGGAACUAGCGAUUGUCCAAUAAGGUUUUAUAUGAGCUGUACACUUUGGGUCGUCUUUUCGAGGUACUUUUUAUGUAUGUUUCGACGUCGUCUCUCUAGUUGCUACGUUCGCUCGGGAUUUACGGUGAUCGAUUCGACGAAAGGUAUUUGUUAGGUUUUCGUGAAUGGGAAUUAGGGUCAUUCAAGUCAUUGAUCUCCGUUUAGGGCUUUGGUCGCGUCCGUAUAAAAUGGAUUUAAUUUUUUUUAUGUCUCAUCAUAGAUAUAUUUUUAUGAAUGGCGAUGUGAAGGGAGCAUGUUCUAUAUGCUUCUCAUUCACAAGGAUGCUGUUUUUACAUCAUCAACUGUGCAUUUCCAGGUACCCUCAUAUGGCAACAAGUCUAAAGCGAAUUAUUAUUAAUAUUUUUUAAUUAAUACCAAACAUCUCAUUACUUGAUGCCAUAUAUAAUGUUAUCUAAUACCCUUCACCCCAAAUGGAAGUAACUGGCCAUCAUUGAUGAUCAAUUAAAAAAUAUAUUAUACACGAAUUAUUUCUAUUAAAUUCAUUGAUGGCAGUUAGUUCUAUAUAAAAUGUACUCACAUUCUUGUUACUAGCGUAUCGAUGGACUUUUCAGUGUGGGAACCAUAGACGAAGAUCGACGCGGGCAACGCGACCACAGACAAUGAGGUACUUUUGAAAUUAAGAACCAACCAAUAAAGAAAUCGGCAACCACUGAAGAGGCGUCGCACGUUGAUACCGUCACUUGACAUCGGUUUCAAGGUGACAUAGAAUAGUUUCGUGUAUAAAGUUUUUCUACCAAUUCCAUUAUGGGUUAAUGAAUGCACGUAACGUUAUCACGUUAUAAAUAUUGUUAUUUAUUCGUUAUAAAAGUGUAUAAUGUAGCUACCUCCAAAUGAUUCAUCUCAAGGAAAUAUAGUUUACUGUAAACCAGAUUCCACUGAGGGAGUGACUUCAGGUAUUUAUCGAACUUUUAUUUGCUAUGAUUAUUGUGAUUGAUUUGUUGUGUAUUACAUAAAGUGUGAACCUUUAGGAAUUAAUAUGAAUAAAAAUAAUAUAAUUCUAAA